AUGGCCGAAUCAUUUCAACAAUAUAUUAAAAUUCGUACUUUUUUGGGUUAUCGUCCAAAAGAAAUUCUUCUCGAAUUACAAAAUGCAUUCGGGGAUGAAGCUCCUACUUAUGCUAACGUGCAACGUUGGUCGAAACGCUUUCGUGAUGCUAUUGACAGUCCAUUAGGAAGUCCACUUGGUUCACAAGUGAAUAUUGAAACACAAGAAAGUCAUUCUGAUCAACAAUUAGGCAAUCAUAAUAUCAAUGAAGAUAACAAUAAUAACAACAUACAAAAACAAAUCAAUACAAAUUCUCAUAAACUUAAAUAA